AUGGCUGAUGAUGCAAGAGAAGAAGAAGAAGAAGAGAAAAUGAUAAAAAUGGAAGGAGUAGCAUCAAUUGCAUUGCUUCCAAAUGGUUCAAUCUCAGGACACUUCAUUCAUCUUCCUCAUUCCAUUUGUUAUGGUCUUCAUGGCACUGAAUUGGAAUGUGAAAGGGAAUGCAGUAAGGGUGAGGACUAUCGUCUCGUCAAACUCACAAUAACAGAUUUCAAUACGAAGAAAGAACAAACCACCGUGGUAGAGUGCAAAGGCCACGAUGCCGCUCGGUUCCACAACAUUGAUCAUGCUCACGGUUGGGAUAAAGAGAUCACAGCUGAAGACCACAUCAGGCAGUUCAUGCCGAAACUAACUGGAAUGGACGCUGUUGUUAACAUUGGAAAGAUGACGAUUUUUGGGUUGGACUUUGGAGCCGAAGACGAAGAAACUGAGUAA